GGAAGUGAAAUUGAUUUGUUUUCAACUUCGGGACAGCACUAUGCUGAUAAUCAGGAGAUCCCUUCAAUGUUAGCUAGGUCUAUUAACUUCGUUUGACUAGACACAUAAACCGCGUACUAACAGUACUUAUACGAAUCACGACUGUCAACAGCAUGUCAAAAAUAUGGAUAAUACUAUCUGUCAUUUUCCUGUCAACUCAGACGUACUCUCAAGAGGCUAUUUUGCACAUCUCGAAUGAAUCCAUCGAUAAAGAGUAUUGUCUUGUUUACAAUGCCGCCUGGACAAAUCUCUCCAACUCUCUCAGAGAUUCGGUGACGUACCAGGUGGUGAAUCUGGUGUCCAGUUAUCUUUGUAACUCCUCUGCUAUAGUCAUCGAUGUGACGGGAAAGGCACUUGUGGUAAUGAGGGGGCAAUGUGAUUUCAGUCAAAAGGCACUGGUAGCCCAAGAAAAGGGAGCUGCUGCUCUCAUCAUUGCCAGUAACAAUACUAUGACUCCCCCAUCAGCAAAUGAAUCAGAAUAUGGCAAGGUUCAUAUUCCACUGGUCCUCAUGCGCUAUCGAGACUUUGUUGAUGCUCAGCAGGUGUUUGGCAAAGAUAUGAGUGCAAGACUGUAUGCCCCCCCUGUGCCAGUGUUUGAUGUAAGCAUUGUUGUGAUGCUGAUCAUCGCAGUGUCUACAGUUGCGCUGGGAGGCUUCUGGAGUGGUGCAGCAGAAAAGGACAAACAGAGUGAAGGGGCUUUUCCUGGGAGGACUGAAGAAACAUCAAGUGGUGAACUGUCUUUGUACUCUCCUCUGAAAGUAGUCAUCUUCGUGGCCCUCAUGUGCACUAUGCUGGUGCUCAUGUACUUUUUCUACAGGUGGCUUGUUUAUGUUAUCAUCGCCAUCUUCUGCCUGGCCUCAGCAACGGCUUUGUAUAGCUGUCUGGAUGCCCUGCUGAAUAAGGUUGGGUGUGGAAUAUGCAGCUUCUCCUGCCACAGUAAAGAGGUCUCUGUGAGAUCCUUAGUGCUGGCGGCCCUGUGUGUCAGCGUGGCUGUGGUCUGGGGAGUGUACAGGAAUGAGGACAGAUGGAUCUGGAUACUCCAAGAUUUGUUGGGCAUUGCCUUUUGUCUGAAUUUCAUGAAAACAAUCACUCUCUCAAACUUCAAGAUAUGCGUGAUCUUGCUGAGCCUGCUGCUCCUCUAUGAUGUGUUCUUUGUCUUCAUUACUCCCUUCCUCACAGCGAAUGGGGAAAGCAUCAUGGUCCAAGUUGCCCUGGGGCCAGAGUCUGCUGGGGAGAAGACUGAUGGUAACAUUGUGGAAGUACCAGCCGACCCCACACCCACCUAUGAGAAACUUCCGGUGGUCAUGAGGGUCCCCAGGUUCUCUGCCUGGGCUCAGAACCUAUGUGGCAUGCAGUUCUCAAUCCUGGGCUAUGGAGACAUCAUUGUGCCAGGCUUGCUGAUCGCCUACUGCCAUAGGUUUGAUGUCUGGACUGGCAGCUCCAGGAGAGUGUACUUCAUUUGUUGCACAAUAGCCUACUUCUUGGGCAUGAUCGUGACUUUCGCGGUUAUGCUCCUGUCCAAGAUGGGACAGCCAGCCUUGCUAUACCUGGUGCCUUUCACCCUCAUCACCAGUGCUGUGGUGGCGUGGAGCCGGAAAGAGAUGCAGCAGUUUUGGGCAGGAACCACUUACCAGGUGUUGGACUCUACCAGGGAGCCUUUAUCGCCAGAUGGAGAACCUGGAUAUGCCAGUGGGGAAAGAAAAUGCUGAUUGUAACCCAUAAGCCACUGGAUGUUUGGAUCAGUAGAUUUCCAUUUUUGUAUACAUGACGCCACCUUUAACACAAAGGGACUUUGGUAAUGGCACACAUUUCAUAAUGAUCAAUCAUGGUUUUAUUAGAUUUUAAAUUGACAUUAAUAGAUUGGUGAUUACUUCUUGAUGUGCUUAAUUGUUCUUGUGAUGCUGUAAAAUCUUUUUUGAAUAUCAAAGGCUACUGCUGACAUUUUUGCCUCAGUGACAGACAAAAGUGACUGGACAAAGCACUUUAAUUGUUUGAGAUGUUUAUUAUCAAGUAACAGACAACUUGUAUAAAAAGGUUUUGUAUCAUUAAUUUUUCAGAGCUUUGGUGUACAUUUUUGGUGAUCGGAAUUUGUUGAGGGAGGGGCCUUAUUGCUGCCUUAAAUUGACCUUUAAAGUGUAAUUCCAGCGAAAAUUGACCCAGGGGUGUUUUUCUGCAUUAAAACGCAUCAAAUAA